UGGGCAAUUAGUACCACUGGUCACUUCAUGGACGAUGCCCGUUCUUCAGAUUCCUACACAUGGACGAAUGCAACCAAACUCUCCGCAAAUACUUCAGCACUUUACAUGGAUGCACGCCUUUCUCCAAUCUCUCUGACUUAUUAUGGUUUCUGUAUGGGAAAUGGGAGCUACACAGUUACCCUUCACUUUGCAGAGAUAACGUUUACUGAUGACAAGACACACAGCAGUCUUGGCAGGCGAUUUUUUGAUAUCUAUAUCCAGGGAAAGCGUGUACAAAAGGAUUUCAGUAUCCAGGAAGAAGCAGGCGGUGUUGGUAAGGCAAUUAUAAAAAAUUUUACUGCCAUUGUAACUGGAAAUGCAUUGGAGAUACGCUUUUAUUGGGCUGGAAAAGGGACACCUGGGGUGCCUGUUAGAGGAGUUUAUGGACCUCUCAUAUCGUCUAUUUCUGUGACACCUGAUUUUGUACCUCCUUCAGAAAAUAGCAGAAGUAAUGGUACAUCUGUUGGCACUGUGGCUGGCAUUGUGGCUGCAGUAGUGGUUGUCAUCUUCCUGAUUCUAGGAAUUCUCUGGUGGAAAGGUUGUUUAGGACAGAAGAUCAGUAUGCGUCAUGAUUUGAAGGGCCUAGAAUUAAAAACAGGUUCAUUUACAUUGAGGCAAAUUAAAGCUGCUACAAACAACUUCGAUCCUGCUAAUAAAAUUGGAGAAGGUGGUUUUGGUCCUGUUUACAAGGGUCUUCUAUCAGAUGGAACCAUAAUUGCUGUAUAGCAGCUUUCCUCGAAAUCAAAACAAGGAAACCGUGAGUUUGUGAAUGAGAUUGGCAUGAUUUCUGCUCUGCAACACCCUCAUCUUGUAAAGCUUCACGGAUGCUGCAUUGAAGGCAAUCAAUUAUUGUUGGUGUAUGAGUACAUGGAAAAGAACAGCCUUGCUUGUGCUUUGUUUGGUCCUGAAGAAUACCAGCUGAAUUUGGAGUGGGCAACAAGGCACACGAUUUGUGUUGGUAUAGCAAA